AUGAAGCUCGAAUUACCAAAGUAUGAGAUGUACAAUGAUGCUAUCCAGGCCGGUCUCAACAAGCUCAGCAAGUACUACAAGAAGUUUGACGACAAGCCUGUGUAUGUUCUUGCACUUGUUCUCCACCCAUAUUACAAACUCACAUACAUCAAGAUGCAAUGGGGUGGGCCUGAAGAGCAAGUGAAGGAGUGUGCUGCAGGAAAUUUGAAUGCUAUUGAUUGGUAUGAUGAGUGUUACAGUAACAUGAGUGUUACGUGUCAUUUCAUUCUUCGGACUCGUCUAGACCUGGACCAUGGUUACGAUUCUAUUCUUGUCUCUUUCUUUUUGAUCCCAUUGUUCUGAAACAUGAGAAGCUCUCACUUCUACCCC